AUGGAGACACGAGAAUGGGAAGGCGACUUCGAUCCUCUAUCAGAUCCAGAUGAAAAGCGUCACCUUCUAUCAGUCUUGGACUCCUUUCGGUCAUACCGCCGCCUGGCACAUUUCAAUGGCACCCAUGUCCGCCGACAAGCUUUUUACUCACUACCUCAAGAUCACUGGAUGAUGUUAUCCAAGCCCCCCUUCUCACUCCUGGACUCUUUGAACAAGCUGGACGACCUCAUUGACAGCAAUGCAGAGCUUGCUGAAGCCAUCUUCAUGGCUGGCUUCAAAGGCUUUAUUGCACCAACUAUUGACAGUGACUGGGUGGCAUCUAUCGUGCCUGAGAAAUAUGCUCGGGACGAGUAUCAGAUCUACUCUAUUGUCAUGGAUCAUCUGAACGUACAGACGACUCAAAACGAUAUGGACAAAGCAAGGAGCUGUAUCAAUCAGUUCUAUCGAGAUUGGAGUGCUGAGGGCAACGUCGAGCGAGAGAAAUGUUUUGAUCCAGUCCUGAGAGCUCUGAGUGCAGAGUAUGCAAGCAGAUUGAAAUACACGCCUGAAUUGGACAGAUCAGACCUCAAAGUUCUAGUGCCAGGCGCUGGCCUGGGUCGUUCUGUCUUCAACAUCUGUCAAGCUGGCUUCAGCGUUGAAGGGAACGAGAUAUCGUAUCACGAAUUGAUGGCAAGCUCUCUGAUACUGAACCACACGCAAAAAGCUGGGCAGUUCAGCAUUGCCCCUUUUGCUCUCAGCUGCUCAAACCAUCUCUCUCGUGCCGACCAAUUUCAGACUUUUGCAGUUCCUGACAUACACCCAGGCACUGCUCUGGCGACAGAACAAGGCUCGAAGGUUCCAGCACACGAGCGAAUGAGCAUGUCAACAGGCGACUUCUGCGUCUUGUACAGUUCACCAGAUUACAAAGACACCUUCGACGCAGUUGCAGCCGUUUUCUUCAUCGACACUGCGCCCAACGUUAUCCGGUACAUCGAAGCUGUGCGUAAUUGCCUCAAGCCUGGUGGACUGUGGGCCAACCUUGGACCUCUACUGUGGCAUCAGGCCCCUCGAGAGCCCAACAACGAUGCCGAAAGCGAUGGGAAAUACAAGCAUACCCAUGGUCAUGAUGCAGGGAUUGGUGAUCCGGGGUCCGUUGAACUGACAAACGAUGAAGUGCUAGCCCUUGUACAACAUCUAGGGUUCGAGAUUGAGAAGCAAGAGUCAGGCGCACAAGAGACAGGAUACAUUUCGAACCCCAGGAGUAUGCUACAGAACACAUAUCGCCCAGUGUUCUGGGUCGCAAGGAAGAAGUAA